AUGGACCCCUACAAGUACCGGCCGUCGAGCUCCUUCAACGCCCCGAUGUGGAGCACCAACUCCGGCGCGCCCGUCUGGAACAACGACAACUCCCUCACCGUCGGAUCCCGAGGUCCGAUCCUGCUGGAGGACUACCACCUGGUGGAGAAGAUCGCCGACUUCGACCGUGAGCGCAUCCCGGAGCGGGUGGUACACGCCCGGGGUGCCAGCGCCAAGGGCUUCUUCGAGGUCACCCACGACGUCUCCCACCUGACCUGCGCCGACUUCCUCCGCGCGCCGGGGGUGCAGACCCCCGUCAUAGUGCGCUUCUCCACCGUGAUCCACGAGCGCGGCUCCCCCGAGACGCUCCGCGACCCGCGCGGCUUCGCCAUCAAGUUCUACACCCGGGAGGGCAACUGGGACCUGGUGGGCAACAACUUCCCCGUCUUCUUCAUCCGCGACGGCAUGAAGUUCCCGGACAUGGUGCACGCGCUCAAGCCCAACCCCAAGACCCACAUCCAGGAGAACUGGCGGAUCCUCGACUUCUUCUCCCACCACCCGGAGUCGCUCCACAUGUUCACCUUCCUCUUCGACGACAUCGGCGUGCCCGCCGACUACCGCCACAUGGACGGCUCCGGCGUCAACACCUACACGCUGGUGAACCGCGCCGGCAAGGCGCACUACGUCAAGUUCCACUGGAAGCCCACCUGCGGCGUCAAGUCGCUGCUGGAGGAGGAGGCGGUCACGGUGGGCGGCACCAACCACAGCCACGCCACCAAGGACCUCACCGACUCCAUCGCCGCCGGCAACUACCCGGAGUGGACCUUCUACAUCCAGACCAUCGACCCGGACCACGAGGAGCGGUUCGACUUCGACCCGCUGGACGUGACCAAGACGUGGCCCGAGGACGUGGUGCCGCUGCAGCCCGUGGGGCGGCUGGUGCUGAACCGCAACAUCGACAACUUCUUCUCGGAGAACGAGCAGCUGGCCUUCUGCCCCGGGAUCAUCGUCCCCGGGGUGUACUACUCGGACGACAAGCUGCUGCAGACGAGGAUCUUCUCCUACUCCGACACGCAGCGCCACCGGCUGGGGCCCAACUACCUGCUGCUGCCAGCCAACGCGCCCAAGUGCUCCCACCACAACAACCACUACGACGGGCUCAUGAACUUCAUGCACCGCGACGAGGAGGUCGACUACUUCCCCUCAAGGUUCGACCCCGCCAAGCACGCGCCCCGCUACCCCAUCCCCUCCCGCACCCUCAACGGCCGCCGCGAGAAGAUGGUGAUCGAGAAGGAGAACAACUUCAAGCAGCCCGGGGAGAGGUACCGCUCCAUGGACCCGGCAAGGCAAGAGCGAUUCAUCAACAGAUGGAUCGACGCGCUGUCGGACCCCCGCCUCACCCAUGAGAUCAAGGCCAUCUGGCUCUCCUGCUGGUCUCAGGCUGACAAGUCUCUCGGCCAGAAGCUCGCGAGCCGUCUCAGCUCCAAGCCGAGCAUGUAA